UGGCCGUGGUGUUCUAUUAGCAUGGCUACUAACAGAAUCCAGUGAUUGCAAAUCAAUUAGAGCAUGGCUUCAUACAUUAAAAUCAGAGCAAUGGAUAGAUCUAGUGAAUGUAAUAUUAGAUAAUGAUAAUGCAGAAAUAAAUGCUAUUUGUGAGAUUACUAAAAAAAUAGAAAAAGAUCAAUGUGAUAAUUUGUAUCAUAACCUCGAACAGCUACUCUAUACCAAAGAUAUAAAUAGAGUAGAUUCUGUUCUAGUUCAGUUUAAACAAAAAUGGAAAAACACUUAUGCAUUGCA